UGAAGCGAUUUGUUAUUUUAUGUAGCUUUUCGGGGUUCAGUCAGAACCCGUCAAACACAGAGACACACCACGUUUCUUUAAUAAAAUUACCUAUAAACACAGAAGAAAAUAAAUCCAAAUGCUUCUCAUUUCUCUCCGGCAGCAGAACUGCAUUAAUACAAAUCGCGAGUGAGAGCAUCACACAUGCCCGGGAUUUUUGGAAGGAGAAGUGGUCUUUAAGGUUUAAGGAAGGCGGCUGUGAGUGUGGUACAGGCGGAGGAAGGGAGGGGAGGGGGGAGAGAGAGAAAACUACCUACCGGCAACAGCAGCUCAGGCAGGGGAGAGAGGGAGAGAGAAAGAAAGAGAUAGAACCUCAGUUCAACACACACACACGCACACACACACACACACACUCGAUCACCAUGGACUGGCAUUGAGGUAGCAGAAACAAGGGAAGAAAUAAGACAGACGAGAGAGAAAGGGAGGGAAAGCGACUGGAGGAGAGAGAGAGAGAGAGAGAUAGAGAGAGAGAGAGAACGCGUGCUGUGGUUUUCAAGAAGGCAGAGAAAUCUAUUUUUCUGGUUCCGGUUUUGAUGCUGGUGGAGGUGCAAUAAGUUAUUUUUUUAUUUUUUUUAAAUGAAUAUAUAUUUUUUCAUUAAUUGUAUAGAGAGAGAUUCUUCCUCUUGGGCAGCAACCCUCCCUCCUUCUCUUUCUUCCAUGCAAAAAGAACCAUGAGUUCAUAUUUUGUAAAUCCUCUGUUCUCAAAAUACAAAGGAGGGGAGUCGCUGGAGCCAGCUUACUACGAUUGCAGGUUUCCUCAGAGCGUCUCCCGGAGCCAUGCUCUGGUUUACGGUCCAGGUGCAGCGGCUCCCGGCUUCCAACACCCGAGCCAUCACGUCCAAGACUUCUUCCACCACGGAACUGCCACCGUCUCCAACUCGGGCUUUCAACAGAGCCCGUGUGCGCUGGCCUGCCACGGCGACACCUCCAAGUUCUAUGGGUACGACUCUCUCCCCAGGCCGUCGCUUUACGGGCCCCAGACAGAAGCGACCCCGGCUCCCUACCCAGACUGUAAAUCCACCGGCGCUGGCUCCAGCGAGGGACAAAACCAUCUAGCCCAAAAUUCAACUCCCAGCCUCAUGUUCCCCUGGAUGAGACCACACGCUCCAGGGAGACGUAGCGGAAGACAAACGUACAGCAGAUACCAGACCCUGGAGCUCGAGAAGGAGUUUCUAUUCAACCCUUACCUGACACGCAAGCGCCGGAUCGAGGUGUCCCACGCGCUGGGUCUGACGGAGAGGCAGGUCAAGAUCUGGUUCCAGAACCGCCGGAUGAAAUGGAAAAAGGAAAACAACAAAGACAAGUUUCCGGGACAGCGGGGGGACGAGGAGGAGAAAGAAGCCGAGGAAGAAGGGGAAGGGGAAGGAGAGGGAGAGGGAGAGGAGAAAGAGGCCGAGGAGAAAGAGACCGAGGAGAAGAAGGAAUGAUUUUACGACGUUCUGGUUUUUAUGGUUAUGUGGUAAAAGAGGAUGUUUACGACCAUCGUUUAAUUUUAGAGAGUGAAGAAAUUCACAUGCGGAAGACACUGUCAGCCCUUUUUUCUUUUGAUUCCACGCCUCACCCCCAAUGUCCACAAUAAAAAGGGGGUCAACACGGUUCACUGAAAAACAAUCUUAAUAUUAAUAACGCAAACAACAGAGCCUCCUACUGUCAUAUAAAACUAUGCUAUGUUAAAUCAAUGAUAUUUAUUCGUCUUCAUUCGAUGUUUAGAAUGAACCACACCGUCUUUGGCAUGAGAUAAGCUAUAAAAUUAGUUAGGUUUUUAAUAAUCAACUUCUACUACCUAUUUGUAAAAUUACACAAUGAAUGAUAUUAUAUUAUACACGGUACACACACAGUAUAGUGGGUAGGAUGCCCAGAUUGCAAUUUUAUUGCAGCUAUUUUACUUGGAAGAAAAAUGCUGGCUUAUUAGUUUAUUGUUUCUUUUGGGGGAAAAAAAUCUGAUACCGCAUUUAAAAUAAUAAUAUAAUAAUAAUAAUAAUAAUAAUAAUAAUAAUAAUAAUAAUAAUAAUAUCGUGCUGCUGUUUAAUUGAAAUGAUAGUUUACACUUUGUACUGUUAGAACAGUGUCUUUAGCACUACCUUCCAGUAAUCCUUCAAAUACUACCUAUAAAAAAGGGAACUGACAGUAAUAAUAAAAGAGAAAACACUCCCAGGAGUUAAAAACGCUAUUUUUAAUGUUACUUGAAAGCGAACUGCAUAGAAGUUUUUGGACUAAACGCAAGCUUGUAGAAAUACUAUGUAAAGUUUCUACCUAAUCUAUGUAAUUAUAUUGUUGUACGUGCUCUUACCCCCCCCCCCCCGACAACUGAAACUGCCUAGAUACGCGCUCAAUACCGUUUCAUUUCUAUUGUGUUUGUGGUGUAGGUUAGACGAUACACGCACUGAGUAUAUCCCCUUCCCUCUAUGGCUUGCUAUGUACUUGUUGUUUAAGACAUGCUCGUUCAUUUGUUUUUAAGUAAAAUAAUAUAAAGUAUAGUUUUGAGUGUUCACUUAUUGAAAUGUAACACGCUGUUCACGAACACGGUUCAGUACAGCAGUAACUCUGUAUUGUAUGUGUGUCAUGUUAAGUACAUUGUAAUGAUUAUAAUGCUCAUUAAUAAAUAAUAAACACGA